AUGGAGUUUUUUUGCGCGGAAAACAUUUGCGCGGAAAAAAAAAUGCACGAAACGCUGAAAGGCUCGUCAAUAGAAGAUGAGAACAUGUCCGACUUCGAAACGCGGGGAGCUUACGCGGCUUUGUCUCAAGCAGCCGGCCGUCUCAGAGGAAUCAUAGCACUGGUCAACUCCGGCUACUUGACCGUGGACAUUUUGCUCAAUAAUCUUGAAGCGUCUGCGCGAACUCUUGAAGCUCUCUACGCCGUCGAAAUGGGCCACGAUCAUGAAGACGCGAGCGUUUUCACCGAGUGCGGAACCGCCGGUGAAUUCAAUGCUCUUCGAAGAAUCUCGGAAACAGCUGAAAUUCCGUCAGAAGUAAAGAACUGGCUGGUCGGGACGUUCUGCCGGACAGAGAUUACAAAAGCGAAUGAAGGAAACAAGAAAAAAUUCAAGGUCUUAGUGACCGGAAUUCAAGCGGCCUCGUUUUUGGAAAAGAUCUUCAAGACGCGUCAUAUGAACUACCCAAAAGAUCUGGUGAAGAGCUUGAGUCUGAUAGACAAGUGGGAGUUCAAUGUUUUCGACGUCUCCGAUGCUUCCAAACAAAGGCCGCUUACGUAUGUUUUAUACGAACUGCUCAAGAAGUACGAUUUACUUUCGACGUUCAAGAUUCCGACGAAUGUGCUCAUGUCCUUCGCGGACAAGGUAGACGCUGGCUAUAGAAAACACCGGAAUCCGUACCACAACCCUAAUCACGCUGCUGAUGUCGCCCAGACCACCCACUUUUUUAUUUGCCAAACAGGCCUGCUCAACUGGCUCAGCGAAGUAGAAGUCUUUGCCAUGAUCUUCGCCGCUGCAAUCCACGACUACGAACAUACAGGCACAACGAACACAUUCCACACGCAAACCAGGUCGCCUUUGGCCGUGCUGUACAAUGAUCGCUCCGUUCUUGAAAAUCAUCAUGUCGCUGCCAGCUUCAAAAUGCUCCAAGACAACAAAGGAAGCAACAUCGUUGCCGAACUGACCCGAGAUCAAUUUGAGGAAUUCCGCUCGCUCGUUGUCGACAUUGUGCUCGCCACCGACAUGUCGCAACAUUUCCAGCAAAUGUCCCAAGUCACCGACGCGCUCAACAACCCGAAAGAGCUUGACAAAGUCAAAGUGAUGGCUCUCAUCGUUCACUUGGCCGACAUUUCACACGCUGCCAAGUGCUGGGAGCUGCACGAACGCUGGAGCUACGCGCUCACUGAAGAAUACUUCCGACAAGGUGAUCGGGAGAAGGAACUUGGACUGCCUUGCUCCACUCUUUGCGAUAGAAAUACUGUGAUGGUGCCGCAAUCUCAAUUUGGAUUCCUGCGUUUUAUCAUUGAGCCAAGUUUUAACACGCUGAUUGAGCUCUUUAGGCAUAUUGCUGACCACUAUAUCGCGAAAGAAGACGCGGCCCUAAAUUCCGCUGAUGUCGCUGAGAAAACCGAGGGCUCGCCAAACCGAACGCGCCGCCAUAUUGUCAAGUGCCGCUUGGGGACUAGUCAAGACCAAGGCGAUGCACUUUACCCUGACUAUACUUACGCAAACGUGGUGGCCCGGCUGGAGGAGAGCGGCAAGAAAUGGAUCGGAAACAUCGAAUCAAAUAGAAAGAAGUGGUCCGCCUUGGCUGAAAAGGAAAAGGCCACUGCUUCGCCUAAAGAUGAAAACAACAAGGACUCACUCUCCACAACCGACUCGACCAAAAACGCCUCCUCAGACUCGGCGGACAACAAAAACGAAAAUUCUAAUAAUAACACUAAGGAGAAAAACUCAAAAUCAACGAAAUCAGAAACGUCGACAAAAACCACUGCGAAAGACAACGAAAACUGA